CGGCGUCUUAUCUCUACGGCGACAUUUCCGCUUCGACGGCCUCUUCAACUGGACCAUGACGCAUCGCCUCGACUCUGACUUCCCCA